AUCAAGCGUCGCACGACAUCGUGCACAUCCCCUAAGGCUGCGCAGUCGAUUGCCUUAUCUCCUCGACCACCAGUGGUGCCGACCGCCUCGGUCCUGUGCUGCUCAACACCAUUCACCCGCACUCAGCUUGCCAGCCUAUGACAAGCAACUCGAGCGAUAUAGGAGCACUCCAGGCUGCUGAAGAGGACGGAGAAGACUUCGACGACGGCGGAGCCUUCGUAGACGAGGAGAUUAUGGAUGAUGCUUCAGUGGGAUCGUCGACACCCGGAUCUGGGUCGCUCACCUGGAUAGCUUGGUUCUGCACCUUGCCCGGGCACGAGUACUUCGUUGAGAUACCAGAGGACUUCAUCGAGGACGACUUCAACCUCACCGGCCUGAACACUAUGGUACCGUUUUAUAAGGAAGCAUUGGAAAUGGUUCUCGACAUCGAGCCAGAGGACUCGCACAAGAUUCCUGAUAUCUCGAUUAUUGAGACAUCCGCUGAAUUAGUGUACGGUCUUGUGCAUCAACGAUAUAUUGUUACCCGGCAAGGGCUGCAGAGCAUGCAUGAGAAGUACCAAACAUCCUUGUUCGGCUUGUGCCCUCGCGUAUUCUGCUACACCACCCCUCUCUUGCCAUGUGGUCGGACCGAUGUCCCCGGGAACGAGUUUGUCCGCCUUUACUGCCCGAACUGUAACGACAUCUACCAGCCAGGUAGUAGCCGCUACCAAAAUAUCGACGGCGCUUUCUUCGGGACGACAUUCCCUCACCUAUUCUUCCAGACAUACAAUACUGAUUUACCUGCUCCGUUCUACCCGCCUGCGGCAGCCCGCUCUGCGUACUCCCCCAUGCGUUCUCCCCAAUCUUCCCAAGGAGCGUCCGGCAAGGAUCAGGCCGUAGCGUUCACGAACCCCGAUCCCUACGGUGGCCAAAAACUCCCUUCGGCGCGCGUGUACACACCCAAGAUCUUUGGCUUCCGUGUCUCCGAGCGCGCGCGCAGUGGUCCGCGCAUGCGCUGGCUACGCGCUCGUCCGGAGACCUACGAGGAGCUGAGCAUGGUUGACUGGCGUGGGCGAUGGAUCCAUGGGGACGCAUAUGAGGAUGAUGAGGACGAUGACCAGAUUAUGGACGAUCGGGACGAGCCGGAGGAGGAUGAUGACCAGGAAGACGAAGAUGAGGACGAGGAGGAAGAAGAGGAAGAGGAAGGUGCUGGGGAGAUACAACAGCCUCCCCCACCAAACAGGAACGCCAAGACGACCAGGAGAGCUGCAGGAGUGCAGGUAGAGAAUGACCUGCCCGGUAAUGGGACGGCAGAUGUAGAUGCCGAAGACCUGUCGGUGAUUUCUGAAGCUGUUGCGCACGAGGCCCUUCAGGACGACGACGUCUGGUCGGAGAGCUCGGACACCGGCUACGAGGAGGAUGACGAAGAUGACGAGGCUCCCCUGGCACCCGUUGCCCCAGUACGAUGGGGCAGCGACGUCCGAGGCUGGGACUGGCAAAACGAGGACGAGGCGGCCAUUACGGAAGUGCCCGAGCUGGAGCGAGCCCGCAUUUCCCCUCGCCCUGCUGCAACCGCCCCUACCUUACUUUCCGAUUCGGAUACCGCUUUGGACACGCCCGUGGAACAACCUGUGGAGAAGCCCCAGACGUUUGGGAAGGCGUCACUUGCAGUGCAAGUCACGCACCCUGAAGUGGUUGCUGUUAAGCGUUACACCAUGGUCGACCUUUCCAGGGCAAAUACCCUGGUGUUAUAAAGUGGGAAGUGGGUGCUUGGACUGGGUGACAAGCGUGGCUAGAACUAGGGUAACAUAAGCACCUCGUUAGGAUGGCCUUUUUCUCUCAUAAUAUCUUCAUUUUCCCGGCGGUCAUUCAUGUCGUGGGACGACGAUGAUCGACCCCGCACACUCGCUUUUGUUGUAGAAUUGCUGCGCCCAGUAACGCAUAUCGCCGUACCUAAUUAUG